GCUCAGUUCGAGAUCGCAACAGCAGAGGAGAAGGCUGUGCCUUCAUUUGCAAUGGGAAAAAGGCAGUAGGACUACGCAGUCGCGGGGCACACCCAAGUUGAGUUGAACAACUACUGUUUUGUUUUUACUUUUUGGUUUCCUGCAAUACAGAGCACCCCUAUCUCGAUGCACGGUGAGGCACAGAAGGCGCCUCCUCUGCUCCCACACGCCAUUGCAAAAGACAUCGACUCCCGUCUCAGCCUGGACGAUAGGGCAAGUGCAUUGGUGGGGCAGAUUCUAUCGGAGCUGGUCUACCUCGCUGACGUUGAUCCUCCUGCGAAGAGCAAGACGCCGUGCGCUGACGGUGAAAGAUGAGCCAGAGCAUGCGAGACCAGGUGAACAGCCUCCAGCACUUCCAGCAGCAUUCCCGCUUGCAUUUUAUCGGGCAAUGGAAGACGAAAAUGGAGGACGAGUUCCGCGAGCUGUUCGCCGCCCACCCGGAGUGGAACCACGGCACGCUGGAGCAGCAACGCGCGUUUAUUCACAUCGACAUGGACGCUUUCUUCUGCUCAGUGCAACUGGCAAAGCCGGAAAACGCGCAUCUGCGGUCCCAGCCGGUGGGCAUCGCUGCGGGAAAGUUCAACAGUGACAUCUCGUCGUGCAACUACGUGGCGCGCACGUUUGGCAUCCGGGCUGGCAUGUACGUGAACGCGGCAAAGGUGCGCUGCCCGGAUCUUGUGACCUUAGGCUACGACCUGGAAGGGUGCGAGCGUGUUGCCAAGACGCUGUACCGCAUCGUCUUCGAGUCCUUCCCGCACAAUGUGAAGAUGUCGUUGGAGGUCUACAGCAUCGAUGAGGUGAUGCUGGCCGCAGACACCACCGACUACGCCGUGCUGCAGAGCUUCUGCGAAACGGUGCGCAGGGAGCUGUUUGCCGCAACGGGGUGCACCGCCUCCUGCGGGAUUGGGCCGAACAUCAUGCUGGCCCGCGUCGCCACCGAUCGCGCCAAGCCAAAUGGCAUUCGUGUGGUGGACCCGAAAGACGUGCCGAGCAUCAUGAUCAGUCUACCAUUAGACUACAUCCACGGUGCUGGCGAGAACACGAUGGAGAAGAUCUGCGGCGCCCUGCGGGAACGCAAGUACAUCAGCGAAGACACCGAUGCGGACGACGUCACGUGUGGAACGGUGCAGCAGCUGAAACUGGAGGAGCUGCAGCAAAUCUUGGGGAAAAAGCAAGGCGAGACCUUUUACCACCGCGCUCGCGGAGAAGACAGUCGCGUGGUGACCCGCACCGGUGACCCAGACGAUCAGCGUUACUUAGGCAAGCGCGUCCCCAAUUCUGUUGGCUGCACCAUGAACUACGCCGUGCGUCCGCAGAGCGCCGCGGAUGUUGCAAAUGUUCUGCGCCAAUUGCUGGACGAUGUAUGCGGUAAACUGCGUCGCGCGAACGCUGUGGCGCAAGGAAUGCGUGUGACGCUUCUGGAGCGGCACCCGUUGCAUCCAAAGGAGACGCUGAAGUUUAUGGGCCGUGGAAAGUGUGUGGAGGUGCACCUCUCGUUGAAGCUGCCGCACCCCAUGGCCGCAGAGGAGGCGGAGCUGAUGUUCAACGAGCUCGAUCGUGCAGUGAGGCCGCUUCUGGUGACGUCCCGAUCCAUCUCCGACGAAGAACGCGCUGCACAGCUGGGCCUGACGACCGGCGCAGAGGAUCAGAAUAUCUGGACCGUUACGUUGCCAGCCCUGCGCGACAUCGUCAUCGAGGAUGUGCGCGGCAUGACGGUGCAGGCCACGGGGCUGCGUGUUAAAGGCGAGGCUCCGAUUGUGCGUCAGCGCACGACCGGCCAGCAGUUGUCGCUCGCGGCGGCCUUUUUCAACGCCAAACGACCGCGCUCCGACGAGGCGGUCACCGUGGUGGAGUCUACUCCUGCAGCACGACUCUCUGACGCACGAGGAAGUGACGUCCCCACGGCCGCAGCCACCAACGCUGCUGUUUGUGCAGUAGCUGCUUCUUCUGCUGAGCAGCUCUAUGCACUUGUGUCUCGGUCGUGGAGGGGGAAGGCGCUGGAGGAAUGUAUCGCAGCCUGGCAGCGCGGCUGUGAGGCUGCCUGUAGACAACUCGACUACCCACUGGUCAAAGCGUAUCUUCGCGGCGCUCUUGUAAAGUUAGCGGAGUCUGCUGCGACGGACCACGCUGCGAAGUGCUUCGAAACGUUGGUGGACUUCGCGAACACACGUCUUCCCGCACCUCUCGACUUUGACUGA